CUCUCUCUCUUCUCUCUCUCUAUCUCUCUGGUUUUUCAACAAACUCUCCCUGUUCCCCAUCAUUGCUCUUUUGGUGGGGUGGCUUUUUAUAUAUCCCUAUUUCUUCUCCGUUAUUCCAUUCAGCCCCUUUCCCCUUUCUUCAAUUCCCCUCCGUUUUGUCUCUUCUUGAAUCCCUCGGGAUCCGAUCUGGCCGACAGACAGUAAACGUUUGAACGGCGGCUGAUGUUUCUAGUCCCGAGGAAGACAACUUAGGUUUUCUGCUGUCUUUUCCUUUCUUGUCUAGAGAGAGAGAGGGAGAUAGAUAGAUACAAUUUCUAUAUAUAGCAGUUGCAGCUUCUUUAUCAUCUCUUUGAUCAAGAUCUGUGGAUACCACUGAGAAUAAUAUUCAUCAGGCCAGUGCAGGACAUAAUCGUGAGACAAGAUACGAUGAACUCCUUCGCCCAUGUUCCACCCGGUUUCAGGUUCCACCCCACUGAUGAAGAACUCGUUGAUUAUUACCUCAGGAAGAAGAUCACUUCCAGAAGGAUUGACCUAGAUGUCAUCAAAGACGUUGAUCUCUACAAGAUCGAGCCCUGGGAUCUUCAAGAGCUAUGCAGGAUAGGAACAGAAGAGCAGAACGAGUGGUAUUUCUUUAGCCAUAAGGAUAAGAAGUAUCCGACAGGAACCCGCACGAAUAGGGCGACAGCCGCUGGGUUCUGGAAGGCAACAGGAAGGGACAAAGCUAUUUAUUCCAAGCAUGAUUUGAUUGGGAUGAGGAAAACUUUGGUGUUUUACAAAGGAAGAGCUCCAAAUGGUCAGAAAUCUGAUUGGAUCAUGCAUGAAUAUCGUCUUGAAUCUGAUCCAAAUGGUACCCCUCAGCAGGAAGAAGGGUGGGUGGUUUGCAGGGUGUUCAAGAAGAGGAUAGCGACAAUGAGGAGAGAAAGCGAGCAUGAUUCGCCGAUAUGGUACGACGAUCAAGUUUCCUUCAUGCCGGAAAUGGACUCCCCAACACAGCAACACCCUCACACGUCCUCCGGCGGCCGGAGUUCCUACGCCCAAUUCCCAUACCGCUGCAAGAAGGAGCUGGACCUUCAAUAUCCGGCGGUCCACGCCGCCGCCGCCGCCGACCACCCACAGUUCCUCCAGCUCCCGCUCCUCGAAAGCCCAAACAAGCUCCUCCACGCGCCGCCCGGCCUCACCUACGCGCCCAUCCCCACAUUCUCCGGCGGACACAACAUCAUCCAUCCCAUGUACCUAGACAACAACAACAACAAUAACAACAUCCUCGGCGGUCACGAACACGCGGCGGCGGAUCACGUGACGGAUUGGAGAGUGCUGGACAAGUUCGUGGCGUCACAGCUCAGCCAGGAAGAAUUGGCUUCCAAGGGACCCACCACUAACUAUGCAAACGCCGGCGACAUCUUCCAAACCUCCGACGAACUGAACAAGCAAAACCCGGCGCCGGAAAACGCCUCGACAUCAUCGUCAACCUCUCAUCACCAUCAGAUUGAUCUAUGGAAGUGAUGAAACAAAUCUCUCGAAUCCAAAUGCCAAACGGUACAUACUGAUUGUAGACAGUACAGAAGCCCCUUCCAGAUAAAAAGAAAAAAAUGCAUGCAAGUCAAUGUGUACAUAAUAAAACUUUAUUUCGUCCCCCCUAGUAAUUAAGUUAAAACAAUGAGAUAAUUAAUUACUUUAAAGAAAAAAAAGGGAUUUAUUUUAAGAAUAUGUUUAAAUAUCUGUUGUUGAAUAUUUUCUCAGUAAUAUUUCUAGAAUAAUAUUAUGUCCAUUUCUUAUGUAAU